AUGUCGGAAGAAGAAAUAAAUAAAAAGACUGCUGAAUUAUCCCUAGAAGAUAAGAAGGAAGAACAGGAGGACAAGGCAAAGCAGGAAGAGAAACCAGUCGAAGCAGAAGUGGCCAAACCUGAAGAGGAGAAGAAGGAUGUUACAGUGUUGGAAAAUAAAGAAGAAUUCACAGUUAAACAUCCUCUUAAUUCCAAGUGGACCUUGUGGUACACGAAGCCUGCAGUCGAUAAGAAUGAGAGCUGGGCUGAUUUGUUAAAGCCUAUUGUGUCAUUUGAUACUGUCGAAGAAUUCUGGGGAAUAUACCAUGCUGUUCCUAAAGCUGUUGAUCUACCUCUAAAAUCAGACUACCAUCUGUUCCGUAAUGAUAUUAAACCAGAAUGGGAGGAUACAGCAAAUGCCGAAGGUGGUAAAUGGUCGCACCAGUUUAGAUCUAAAAAUAUUGAUAUUCAUGAGAUUUGGACAAGAGCUUUAUUGAGUGUGAUUGGAGAGACUAUCGAGGAUGAUGAUCAAACUGAGGUGAAUGGUGUUGUUCUUAAUGUUAGAAGAAAUGGAUUUAAGAUUGGUUUGUGGACUAAAUCUUGUGAUAUUGAGAAAUUGAAACCUAUCGGAACAAGGUUUAAGAAAGUGCUUAAGUUGUCUGACCGUGACACUAUUGAGUUCAUGAAGCACAAUAACUACGGAGAUAGGAAUGCAGCUCCUUUGAUUACUAUGUAA